GUUAUCGCGUCGAACCGCGCGGCGCGUCGCAGCAAACAAGUUAGUUGUAGUGCGUCACGGCGGGACGCGGUGAUAAUAGAAUUACUAGUUGAAAUACAGUCGCGUUCAGAACCUAGAGAGCCGCAGACAUGCGGGGCAGCACCGCCGGCCUCGCGGACACUCUCGCCAGUGGGUCCCGCGCACAUGCCGUCCUACUAGAGCUCGCCGAUGCGCUCUUCGCAAGCAUCGUCGUCGCUCCCGCCGUGGUGGCCUACUGGAAGGCGACAUGGACGCUCAUGGACUUGUACGUUUUACCGGAGAACAGUGUCGGCUCCGCGGCGGUGUGCACCGCCUUCGGAUUUUGCUGUGACUUGUUGUUUUGCUUGACGCAGAACCAGUUGAGCAGGUACCUGUGUCCGGACCGGGGACGGUUGACGUAUUAUGUGUUGUCGAGACUGUACACCUGCCUGGCCGGGGUGGCGUGUGUCGGGGCGUGGCGGGGGGCGUGGAACCUGCUGAACGAGUGCACGGGCGACAGCGCGAAGACGCUGCUGUCGACGACGGCAGCGGCGACGCUGUCGCUGGCGGCGCUGCGCUCGCUGCGCAACAUUUGCGCGGCGCCGUUCGCGGUGGCCGUGGACACGCCACAGGAUUACUUUGAUGUCCCCACCAUGUUUAGAACGAGUACACGAGAGACUGCGCUAUACGUGCUGGACUGCGUGUUCUCCGUCGCAGUGGUGGGCUCGCUGGUGGUGUUCGUGUGGCGCGGCUCCUGGGCGCUGCUGGACAUGUUCCUGUUCCCCGACGACCAGCUCCGCUCCUGCUGGACCUCGCUGUUGGUGGGGUACGCGCUAGUGGUGGCGACGUUCGCCCUGCAGGCGCCGGUGCGCUGGGCGGCGGCGCGGCUGCGCGGCGCGGCGCGGCUGCUGCUGGCCGACGUCUACCAUCUCGUGUCCUUCCUCGCCACGGUCAACGUGUGGCGCGGCGUGUGGGGCUUGUUAGAUAUAUAUCUAUUCCCUGAUUCACCAAAACUCAGUAAUUGGUGUACACACAUCGUGAGCCUGACACUCCUCAUACUUCUGAACUGCUCCAACUCCAUUAUAGUGCGGGGUGUGUAUAUCGACGGCGAGGAGCCAGCCGGCGAAUGCGUGGUCUUCCCAUGCCACUAUCUAAGGCUCUUCUUCCACAAAGAGAGAACCAAAAAGAGACACAGACAAGCACUAGCCGCCGCUGCUCUUGCGGCCAACAGGAAAAUAGAAGAAGCCAGCGUACCCUUACAAAUGCCGGAGGAAAAAGUAUAGAAAAGACAGCCAAAUCUUAGGUAGACGUCUUUUAGAGAUUUCGGUAAUCCACGAAAGGUCGGUCUUAUUAAUAUUAAGUAAUUGUUGUUUAGUUGUUACGAAUUUGUACCCAGUGAAACAAUAGAAAACCUAUAUAUAUAAUUUUAUAUUUUACAUUUCAAUAUUGUCUGCUAUCAAAAUAUUGUACAUAAUUAGUUUUCGUUAUGUUUGCGUCGUAGAAGAAGAUACUCAAAUACUUUGGGGUUUUUAUAGCAAUUCAGUUAGUCGUCUCAAAACCGUUUUAAAGAAAUAUUUUUUUAUUGAAUGUAUUGAAUCUAGGCUAUAAAAAGUGUUACCAGAUCUAACUAGAUCGGUUGAAGUCUUAUUUUUAAUUUACCAGUUAUAGUUUUUAUUGACUAAAUUGGUUUUAUGUAUCCAGGUUUUGAAGAAAACAUUUGUGAGAUAUUAUGCUAUAAGUAGGUAUUUGUAAAUAUUAUCUAUGAAAUGUAGAUGUAGGGUACAAAGUGUUAUUGUUUCUCAAAAGAGCUCGGUAGAGUAGAUAAGAAAUUCUAAUUCUGUAAAAUAUUCAAACUGUAGCAAAACAGUAUUUUUAAGAGUAUUAUUGUAUUUUCAAUGACAAUUUUUGUGACUUUACUGAGUAGGCAACAAUAAUCUGAAAGACUUCGAGCAUGUGUGUAUUCCUGACGGUAUUAGGUACGAUAAAAAAAUAUUUAAUCAACACAAAAAAAAUGCUAUUAUACUUUCUGGGACAAAAUAAUUAAAUUUAUUUCAGUAAUUUUUUCUAAACAAUACCUUGGUUUUGUGCAGCUUGGGUCUAAAUCAGUCUGAGUAGAAAUAAUUUCACUUGUUUAUUUUGGAAAAUAAGGAAUGCAUUAAACGAAUAAACUAAUUAAGCGGUUUUCAUCUAGAUAUAGGUACCUAACAUGAACAUUUUCAAGUAUAGAAUGCAACAUUUUAUGGUUAUGGUCAGUUUUGUAGCAGAGUUAUUAAAGUUAUUUAGGCCUACUCUGUAUAGUGACAUUUGUUUAAAAAAAUCUGUAGUUAAUUUGUGUCAUUUAAAGCAUACCAAAUUUCCUAAAUCCUUAAAAUAUUUUACCUACACACUAAUCUGCCGUUUAUUCUGUGUUCUUAAAGUUCGAAUAUAAUUUUGUAUCAUGUUUAUAAAAAUAACAUAACGUCCUUAAGAUAAACAUUUUUGAUGCCAGCGGGAUCUAACGUUGAACAACAAAAAUCGAAGUUUCGUCUACAUGCCACAGUACCUACAUCAGUAUGCUAAUUAUUAUGCUGGUUGUUAAUCGUAUGUUAUUUUUCUAAGCAUGGAUUCAAUUGAAAUUAGAACUUAUACCACAUGCCUUCCUACAUUAUGUAUUGGCAGCUGAGCUGAAUUUACUUGUAAAUUGCUUAAUUUCUUAACAUUCAUGUUUUAAGACCUGUCAGACUUAGUACAUUAAAAUAUUUAUAAUUUAUUAAUGUAAUUUAGUGACUAGUCAUCUUUUAAGUGCCUACUUUAUUGUCACCAUGCAUUUUUUCAUAGGAUAAUUUAUAUUUUUUAUUUAUCUGAUAAUAACUACACCAUACGUAUCAGUAUCCAUACGUUCACUCAUAUUAUAUGUAACUAAACAAUAGGUACCUACCUGCUUCUUACAGAUACACAUUUUUAUACUUAUAAGUAACCGCUGGCAUUGUUAUAUAUUUUAGCAUAUUUUAAUUAUAUAGAUAUAUGCUCAUCGGCGAUUUUAUCACACCAUACCUAUUAAACUUACUCAAAUAUAAUAAAAUAAAUGCGGUUUUCCUUUUUGGUUAUAGAUUAAACAUACCUACCUCUUCAAGAUCAAUAUAUAAGUAUCUAGUGCAAAAGCUAAGCUCUGAUAUAAACGUAAAAUAUAAUAUUUAUAUACUUUUGGUUGUCACAGCAAUUCGGUAUAUUUGCGUCGACGCAUGACGAUCAAUUGUCAAGGGCGCGAAUUAGUUUAUCCCUUGUUCAAAUUGAAGGCCCGAGAAAGUGAAAGAUCAUAAAAUGGAAGCAAAAGAGAGGUUACAAGAAUUUCAAACCAGAAACACUUCCAAUGUCCAACGGUCGCCCGUAUCCGAAGCGAGGGCCGUUGGUACUAUACCAACAGUUAUAAUAUUAAAAAAACAUAACACUAAAUUGAAAAAAGACGCGAACCUACAAACUUGUCUGCCAAGUGAAACAUAUUUUUUACUUUACCUCCGCUAGGAAAAUAUUUAACAGUAGGUAUACCUAGCUGCAAUACAUUACAAAUCUAAUCUAUGUAAACUAACGAUGAUGCCAAAGAACCACUUCAAAAUUUCUUUCCGGCCGGGUGUGGUGAAAAUUCCGUUUUCUAUUUGCAUGGAUUUUAAAGGAAUUUAAUACAAGUUGAUACAUUUAUAUAUAUUUAUGUAAACAAAUACAUUUAUGACAGACUAAUGCUAAGUCUCUCGUGUACAUAGAUUUUUAUUGUAAUUGUUAAGCUGUCCUCGUGACAAAAGUACAUAAUAAAUAAACAAAUGAUUACGUUA